CUUAGUGAAAUUCAGGACGGGGUAAUUCUACUGGCGACCUUCAGCCACUCCAGUCAUCCAAAGCCAACGGACUCCGCCUCUAAUCGAAACGAGAGGAACAUUUGGAGGAUUAUGAACCAAAACAGAAGCCUUUAUGGGAUUUUUUUGGGGUUGUUGCGAGUAUGAAGUUCGUUUAGUGUUCUGUCGGGGUACUGGUUGCGCGCUACUAAAAAAGAAAAAAGCCUCAUAGACCACAAAGGGUUAAAGGGAGGAGGGGGUUACUGAUGACGUCACCUUAUUGCGAUACCAGCAGACAAACAGCCAGGGCAUUAAGUGAAGGCAGGGGGCCACUGGAAACCAUUUGUUCGACACUCACUCCGUCCACCAAGAUAGAGUGGAGAGAUAAAUAAUAAACUAAAUAAUUGAAUCUAAGUGUGUGUGUGUGUGUGUGUGUGUGUGUGUGUGUGUGUGUGUGUGUGUGUGUGUGUGUGUGUGUGUGUGUGUGUGUGUGUGUGUGUGUGUGUGUGUGUGUGUGUGUGUGUGUGUGUGUGUGUGUGUGUGUGUGUGUGCGUGUGUGCGAUGGACAGACAGAAAGACACACAAACAGACGGACAGAAAAAGGAAACAAAAUGAUUUCCUGUUUGUUGCGGGUAUGAAAGCACUCACAGCAUCACUUCAGUUAACAACAGAAAAAGGGAAGCCUGACACAUAUUGUUCUGCUUGGAGAAAUCUUGAGAAACGAUAACAUCAAGUGUGCUCAUUCUUGACUUGGGGAGAGAGUAGGGGAGACCCAUAGACACUAUAGGGAUCAGAACGACAAUAGAAACACACACAGAGUUGGUGGGAUAAGAACAGAAGGAGAGACCAUGGCUAAAGAAGUGACAACGGCACUCUGGAUCCUGACAAUCUUUAUUUUGAAAGGCGUUUUUGCUGGCCACUGGUCUGUUAACCUGCCCAUCAACCCUAUCUGCGCUGUGAUUGGUUCGACUGUGGUCCUGCCUUGUUCCUAUGAAUACCAAGAGGACUCCUCCAGCCAGCCCCUGAGGGACGGGGACGCCCACAGCGUGCGGUCUGAGAUGUGGUGCCUGGGGAGCAGUCGCUGUAUCACACCGAGCUAUGUGUAUCACAGCGACGGUGUCUUCCUGGACCCCGCCUAUAGCAACAGAGUCAUGUUUCUGGGGCAGCCUGGGACCAAAAACUGCUCGCUGCAAAUCUCGCGGGUCAGGAUGUCCGACGGUGGAGCCUACGUGUUCUACGUCAUCCCCGACCUCCCCACCCAGAAGAUGCCGGCGCAGACUGGUGUACAACUCUUGGUGGCAGGCUCUCCUGAGGCCGUCACAGCCUCUGUGAAUCCCUGCGGGGGGGCCCUGAAGGGAGCGCCCCUGCAGCUGGCCUGUUGUGGCCCUCCGGUCGGCCCUGUGGGACGGUACCGCUGGCUCAUGGAUCCUGCUGGGGACAGCACCACCCAACGGGAGCACCCGGGCCAGGUCUGGACCAUGGAUGAGACACGGGCCGACGCCAGCGGGAACUACAUGUGUCAGGUUCAAUCGGCCGAGGGCUGGAGGAGCUCUGCCAACAUUACGGUGGAUGUGCAGUAUCCACCCUGUAACACAUCUGUGCACGUCACAUCUGUGGACGUCCUCUCGUCUGGAACGGGCGUGGUCCUGACCUGCAGCAGUGACGCCAACCCCCCUGUUGAAAGCUACACCUGGUUCCGCGGUAACGGCUGUCUGACCGCAGUAGACAGGAGGACGGGGGCUACACCCAUGGGGCCGACCCCGAAGCUUCACGCAGACCCCCCCACGGGAGAGUCUGAGCUGUACUGCUGUGUGGCCGCCAACACACUGGGCUCCCAAUCCUACAAUGUGACACUCUACGGAGGUGUCAAUGCAGGCGAACCCCAGUUGGCCAGAAAAAAAAGAGUGAUGAUUGUUGCAACUACUACCGUAACUUUACUAGUAGUCAUUGGCCUUGUUGCAUUUGCACUUAGAUGGAAACUGAAGGAGUCUCCCUUGUCCCAGUCCUAUGGCCUUGCAGGAACCACUGUUCCAGUAUCUUAACUGGACAUUUCAUAUACAAUGAAUUGGCUGCUGAAUGGCAAGAUAAGAAGAAAACUAAAUACGCACAAAUAAUACACAACCAAUUUAAACACUGUGCAUAUAUAGACAUUUUAUAGGAUAUAUUUCUGUGCAAUUUUUUUUUUAUUAUUAUUUUUGUAUUUAUUAUUUUUUCACUGUGGUAUACUUUCUGCUGUGACGUCCAAAUUGAAUGUUACUGGAGAAGAAUGGCCUUGUGGAGGGUCCAGCCUUGGCCGUGAUGUUACAAUAAAUUAAUGACAUGAAUAACUACUAGGAAGUUAUAUGACGCUUGGAACCAACUGUCCGGCGUGAUACGGCAAGAUAGGAUGCAAGGCAGAACCCAGGACAUCUGGGUGGGAGGUUGAGAACCAUCAGGACAUUCACUUUGUUUAUACUUGACUUGAAUUUAGGCUUGAACUGAAUAACCUCCUUUCUGAAUGUUUGUUUCUGUGGUCAUAUUAAUUAGCCAUGAUACAAAAUAAGUGUACUGUUUGGUUAUGUCAGCUUGAUAAUUAGAAUUCAUAAACAAUAACUUAAAAUAAUAUGUUUUUAAGUUCGUUUUUUUCCCAGGUUUAGUUUCAUAUGCCUCAUGUCAUCUAUUUUUGAUUUCAUUGUUGAUUUCCAUGAUUGUAUGAUCCAAUCUAAUAUCUGAGUAUAAAAUGUAAACAGAAGACCAAUUAAGUUAUCCACUGUGCAUUAGGCAAAAAUAUGAAUAAAGGAAUCUGUAAGA